AUGCUUCUUGAAGAUCAGCGAUUCAUUCACGAGGAUCUCGAGAGGUUGGAGCAGGCCAUUGCUGAUCGCGUGGCCGACAAACCUCGGAAUAUCCGUGAGAAAUUAUCCAAUGAACAUGAACUUGCCAAUUUCAUAAACCGAAUUGACAUACAGUCCAAGAGACUGCUGGAGAUUUACAAGGAUGCGGAUGGCCUGCGCGAGAAGGAGGUGCAGUCGAUUGGCACAGGCGAUCCUUUUGAGGAGUUUUACAAGCAACUGGACGAAAUCAAAGAUUUCCACAAGCGCUAUCCGAAUGAGCCAGUCGAGAACCUCGAGCAGGCAUACAAGCGUCAUCAACCUGCCGAAGGCGAGUCGUCUUACUCAGAGGUCGAUAACAUGUUCACGGGCGAAGAAUGUUUCGGACAAUACAUGGACCUGACAAGCAAUCACGAGCAAUACCUGAACCUCCCGGGAGUCAAGCGCCUUAAUUACAUCCAAUAUCUUGAUGUUUUCGAUGGAUUCAAUCCGCCCUUACUAAAUAUUAAGCGCAAAGACAAGAUCUCUGAUAAAUACUUCCGUUACGUUGGUGAACUCGCGAGCUACCUCGAGGGAUUUUUCAAGCGAGUGAAGCCUCUGGAGGAUCUCGAUGCGCUGAUUGCCAGCUUCGACGAGGAAUUCGACAAGCAAUGGGCAGCAAAGGAAGUUCCCGGCUGGGGAGAUGAACAAGUUGCCACAGGAGGAACAGGCGAGGGAAUAUGGUGCCCAGACUGCGAGAGGGAGUUCACCAACGAGAACGUCUACCGAAACCACUUGACCGGCAAGAAACACAUUCGGGCCGCAGAGGCUCGUAAAGCCGCCGGCACAUCAAAUGACGACUCCCAACCUUCUACAAACAAACCUUCGACAUCCUCACUUGCGAAGGACUUGAAGGAGCGUGCUGUCGCUGUACGAGAACAUCGUGUGCGUUCCUUCACAAACGCACUUAAGGACGAGCGAGAAGCCACAAGACGCAAUACCGUACGCCGACAAGGUCUGACCGAGCGUGAACGUCAAAUGGAACGCGAGGCAUUGAUGGCUGAGCCCGAAUCAUUUGGUGAAGGCCGUGGCGGUGACCAAUCUGACGACGAAGAGGACAAGGAGAGGAUCUACAAUCCACUGAACCUACCGCUGGCCUGGGAUGGCAAGCCUAUUCCAUACUGGCUGUACAAGCUGCACGGUCUUGGAGUUGAAUACCCGUGUGAAAUUUGUGGAAAUUUUGUUUACAUGGGUCGACGAGCAUUCGAUAAGCACUUCUCGGAAGCGCCCCACAUUUACGGUCUCAAAUGCCUAGGUAUUACAUCAAACACCAACCUCUUCCGUGAGAUUACUCGCAUUGAGGAGGCAAUGCAACUCUGGGAGAAGUUAGAACAGGAUCGCAAGAAGGAGCGAGACUCCCGAGACAAUGUGGUGCAGAUGGAGGAUGCUGAGGGUAAUGUUAUGCCCGAGAGAAUUUAUCAUGAUCUUAAAAAGCAGGGCAUUCUCUGA